GCCACAGCCCAUGCCAGGGUCAGAGGGCCCAGGAGAGUGGCCUUCUCCCUUCUCUUUUCUGAUUGAGGUGGGUAAAAACCCUGGGUGUCCUUUGGUGCCCUGUGCUUACUUCACUGGGUGGAGUUGGCCCUCAGGAGCACUGUUAGGUGGUCCUGGUCAAGUGGGUUUGGUCAGUGCAAAUUUGGUGGCCACUGAUUGUCUAGCUGAUCUACUCUCCCCACUUCUUGUUGGCGAGUGUUCACUUCAGUGGGUGUGGUAGGGUGCAAAGCUGGGCUCUCAGAAUAUAGGGAUGGCCACCCAGCGCCCAGGGUAGCACACUGAGUCACGACUAGACCAAGGGAGGGGCCCUAGCAGGUGGGUGACUCCUGGUGCGGCAGCAGCUGCAGCUCAGGGCUGAGGGCUGCUGGGGAGGUGCUCUGAGGCAGCGACAGGAAGUGAGGUGGGGAGCUCUACCAGGCCCACAAAGACCUUCCUGGCUGCCCCAGACAGGGCCGUGGAGGAGCCGCGUGGUGGCCUUGGUAAGUGCCUGCUCUGCCCUCCAGCAUGGGCAAUUCCCCAAGCCCCUCAGGGGCGCUCCUUGCAUUUGGGAGGGCUUGGACUGGCCUGCUCAAAGCAUUGGGAACUGGCUGUGUUCUAGUUAAUCAGACUGGGCCCUCCCACAUGCCCGUGCAAGAAGCCCGCUGCUGAGUCUGGGUAGACUGGCCUCAACCUUCAGGAUUACCCCUUGAAUCUCCCCUAACUCUUACAGAUAGUUGGUGGGCCCACCUGUCACCCACCACCCAUUUCCCAGGCAACUCUGCUGACAUCAAUCCAGCAUUGGUGGCAGAGACCAGGGGGAGGAGAGCCAGAGCGGUGGGAGGACAUUUCAGUGCCUGAAGCUGGCCUCUUCUGCCUCUUCUCCUACUCCACUUCAAGGUCCAAGCUCUCUACUGAGAUGGCUUAGGGGCAUCACCUAAGACAAGGGGGCCACAGCUGGGCAGGGUGGGUAGGCGAGGUCUGUGGCCUGUGGCUCAUAGGCCCAGGGGUGUAACUGCAGGGACUUCCCCCAGGUCAUGGGUUUGGGCUGCAGUGACCACAGCAUGAUCAUGGCCAGGUUACAAUUGCCCUAGCCAUGCUCUGCCAUCACCAUGACCACCUGCAAUUAUGGUGAAAGUGCAGGCAGAGUACUUCUUUUCACCAGGAGUUCCAAGCUAGAGGUGGAAGGGUGGGUGCCCCUGUGUAAGGUCAGGUGUUUCCGGUAUGCUGAGUCAGAACAGGGGGAGGAGCCCACCCACAGAGGGAGGGGCACAAGUGGGGCUGCCAUUUGUGUGCCCCAUCCUCAAGCCAGCCCCAGUGCCCCUCUCUUCUGCCCCCAGGCCCCUGCCUCACAGGAUGGGGCAACCAGUGCCCUUGGCCCUGCCCACCCUCUGGGUCCUAGGGUGCUUCUCCCUGCUCCUCUGGCUGUGGGUGCUGUGCACAGCCUGCCACAGGACACGGGUGCCGAGGCAUCGGGCCAGGCUGCAGGGCAGCAUGAUGCCAGUGCAAGUGCAGGUCCGGCACCAGGCUGCAGGAGCUGCACCGCGGCCCACACAGCAGCAUCCCCCACGGCCUGCCAGCAUGGAUCUCCUGCGCCCACACUGGCUGGAAGUGCCCAGGAGCAGCACCAGGCCACAGGCAGCCCCCUCCAUCUUCCCACCACAGCAGUUGCCUAAGGCCUCUCCUGUCUCCCCUUCACCCUUCAUUGGCCCUGAGGACACUUAUUCCAACAUAGGGCUGGCUGCAAUCCCCAGAGCCAGUCUGGCUUCGAGCCCUGUGGUGUGGGCAGGGACACGGCUGACCAUCGGCUGUGCCAGGCCUGGGCCUGGGGCCAGACCUCUGGUGGCUGAAUAUGCCUGCAUCCAGAAGCUCAAGGGGACAGGUCAGGGUCCCCAAGAACUGCAGCAGGGGACUGCUGAGAGGAUCCCAACUGCUCAGGUGGACAUCCUGUACUCCAGGGUCUGCAAGUCUGAAAGCAGGGACCCAGGACUCAUCAAAAACCAGCCAGACCUCAAGGGUGGGGGAUCGAUUCUGGCCCCAAGGAAUGACUUGACCUGUGAGACCCUCCCCCUCAGGGACCUGAGCAUGGACAGCAGGCCCCUGGAAAAUGUGUAUGAGAGCAUCCAGGAGAUGGGGCCCUGAGCAGGAGUCACCCCUCCUGUCUACCUGGUAACACAGUGGAUAUGUGCAGGUGCCAGGCCCCCGUUUCUGCCUCGGGAGGGUUUGGAGACCCCUGAACACCCAGUAUUUACUAUGUUCCUUUCUCCAGAGUGAGCUCUGCCCCUGCAGCUGACAGCACAAAUCCCAGAUCCCAAGGCUUCUAGCCUGUGAGGUUCUAUUUCCACCGUCCACAUGUCCUCUCCCUGCUCCAGAGAAGGCCUACAUCCUAAUAAAGUUCCAUC